AUGUUUCCAAGAAUAAAACCCGAACGCACCAGCCUGUUUGCUCUUGGCCUUAUCGCCUCAAGCUCCCUUGUCACCGCAACUGGGCCUUGCGACAUAUACUCCUCCGGMGGCACGCCCUGCGUUGCCGCGCACAGUACCACUCGUGCCCUUUAUGCCUCCUACAGCGGCGCGCUCUACCAGAUCAAGCGUGGCUCCGAUAAUACUACAACCACCAUCUCGCCGCUCUCCGCAGGUGGUGUUGCAAAUGCUGCCGCCCAAGAUACCUUCUGUGCCGACACGACAUGCCUUAUCACGAUCAUCUACGACCAAUCUGGCCGCGGUAAUCAUCUCACCCAAGCUCCUCCCGGUGGCUUCGACGGCCCUGAUGCCAAUGGCUAUGAUAACUUGGCCGCUGCAGUUGGCGCACCCGUGACGCUGAACGGCAAAAAGGCGUACGGUGUAUUCAUCUCACCCGGUACUGGUUAUCGUAACAACGCUGCCAGCGGCACAGCUACCGGUGACGCAGCUGAGGGCAUGUAUGCGGUGCUCGACGGAACCCACUACAACGGCGCAUGCUGCUUCGAUUAUGGUAACGCUGAGACCAGCAGCACUGAUACUGGCAAUGGCCACAUGGAGGCUAUCUACUAUGGUGACGCCACUUACUGGGGAAGUGGCUCCGGCAGCGGGCCAUGGGUCAUGGCUGAUCUAGAGAAUGGUCUGUUUUCUGGCGAGAGCACUGGCGAGAAUUCUGCUGAUCCAUCUCUAUCUUACCGUUUCGUCACUGCGGUCGUCAAGGGAGAGCCAAACUUCUGGGCCAUUCGCGGUGGUAAUGCUGCAUCCGGAUCAUUGUCCACGUACUACAGUGGCGUGCGCCCAAAUGUCUCUGGCUAUUACCCCAUGCACAAGGAGGGUGCCAUCAUUCUCGGCAUCGGUGGUGAUAAUAGUAACGGCGCCCAGGGCACGUUCUACGAAGGUGUCAUGACUUCCGGAUACCCCACUGACGCCACGGAGAACUCAGUGCAGGCUAAUAUCGUUGCUGCUGGUUACGCUACCACAUCGUUGACCAGCGGUACAGCACUCACCGUUGGCUCGGCAAUUUCGUUGCACGUCACCACUUCUGGAUACACGACACGCUACAUCGCACACACCGACACCACCGUCAACACCCAGGUGGUCUCUUCGUCUAGCUCUACCACUCUCAAGGAGCAAGCCAGCUGGACAGUUCGCACCGGUCUCGGCAACAGCGCCUGCUUCUCAUUCGAGUCCGUUGACACACCUGGCAGCUACAUUCGUCACUACAACUUCGAGCUCCUGCUCAAUGCCAAUGACGGCACCAAGCAGUUCUACGAAGAUGCCACAUUCUGCCCUGAAUCAGGCCUCAGCGGCACGGGCACCUCGCUUCGAAGCUGGAGCUAUCCCACGCGCUAUUUCCGACACUACAACAAUGUGCUGUAUGCUGCCAGCAACGGCGGUGUGCAAACGUUUGAUGCCACCGCCUCUUUCAACGCCGAUGUGACCUUCUUGGUCGAGACUGCCUUUGCUUGA